AUGCCCCAUGCUGCGUCGCGGCGCUCCGCUGUAAAGUCGCGCGCAACACACAGCACCGCGCCGUCGAGCGUCUCCAUCUCUCCUCCCCAGCGCCGCUAUCAUGUCAAGGGCGACACUAACGUGGCCAUCAGACUCCGGAAGGGAAUCACAGUCAACAACCACACGGGCGCUUUCGAAGACGACGACGACUUUACCGACGAGGACUCGGCCGGCAUCCAGGUAGUCUCGGCCAGCGAGGAAGAAUACACCACCUCGGAGGCGACCGACGAGGAAGACGACGACGAAGACGAAGAGGGCGAGGAAGACGACGACGACGACGACGACGAGGAAGACGAAGACGACGACGAGGAAGGCUCGUGGGACUACAUAGAAGACGAAAUCAACCCCUCCGACUCGGCCUCGCGUCCACAAGUCGUCAGCAAGCACCACUCGGCGCCGCGGCACGCUGUCUCGCAUCACGCUGUUGCACGCCACGUUAUUCCCCCGCCUGCUAUAGCCCCUCCACGUGGACCACGCACAAAGGCCUCGCACCGAGACCGAGCCUCUUCGCGUCACGCAGCGCCCGUCCCAGAUCCUCCCUCGCGCCACGAGAGCCAAAGUCGUAGCCGCAGCCGCAGCAAACUGGAGCGCACACGCAGGUCGAGGCGGCCAAGGCCCCAAUCCGUCCAUCAGGACGCUCUCGAGGUCGAGGACGACGACUACCCAUACGGAGCCCCGCCCCACCCAGGCCAUCCUCCCGGCCAUCCCAGUGCUGGCUGGGGCCACAUACCCCAACAUGCUCCCAACGGCUAUGCGCCCAGCUUGAUGUCGGAUCCACGCUACCCCUACGGCGGCUUCCCGGGCGGCACACAAUCGCCCCCGGGUCAGCUGGUGCCCUUCGGUCAAGAGGCACACUCGGCCUAUGCUCAGAACCCCUUUGCCCCUAACGGCCAGAAUCCUUUUACCCAAGGUCCCCCUUCGGCUGGCGAUCCACGCGGCGGCUACUUUCCCGAUUACCAGGACCCGCGCCAUCAAGACCCACGCCACCAAGAUCCGCGUCAAUCACGCAGGGGUCAUCGUAAGUCCAUGCCGCCGGCGCCCCAAGCAGACAUGAUGCCUUAUUCACCAAUGGGCUACUACCCACCAUACGGUGCUUCGCCCUAUGGUGGCAUGCCACCGCACAUGUAUCCGUACGGACAUCCAGAGCACCACUCUCCACCCCCACAACACCCGCCUUCGCACCCUCCCUCGCACCCGCCCUCGAAGCGUCCUACACCGAAGCCCCAGCCUCCGCCUGAAGAAGAACAUCAUGCCCCCGCUGCACCAGCUCCGCCUCCACCCCCACCUCAGCCGGCCCAAACCCCUGCUGAUCAGAUGCAAUUGCAGACGUUGCAGCAGCUUAUGCAACAACAGCAGUUGCAACAGCAGCCCAUGCAACAGCAACUCAUACAGCAGCCCAUGCAACAGCAGCUCAUGCAGCAAAUGCACCCUAUGGCUAUGAUGGCUCAACCUCCCCCUCCGCCUCCCCCUCCCGCGCAACCUGAUCCAAAGGAGGAGGGCAUGCUCUCCAAGCUCGAGAAACUCUUAUUGGGCAAGGAGGAAGAGGAGAGAAAGGCAGCCGAGAAAGCAAGAAGAGACGCUGAAUUAGCCAAGUUCGACCGCCUCGAAAAUCUGCUCAUUGCCCAACAAGAGGCUAAAAUUGAGAAAGAAAAGGCUAAGAAGGAGGCUGCCGAGAAGGCUGCCCAAGAAGCUGCCGAGGCAAAGAAGAGGGGUGAUGAAGACAAGCUCGCCAAGCUCGAAAGCCUCAUUCUUGCUCAAAAAGACGAACAACUCAAGCGUGAGGCGGCUGCAGAGGCGGCUCGAGCAGCUGACAAGGCAGCUGCAGAUGCUGAGGCAACCAAGAUUGCAGAAGAAAAGAAAGCCGCUGCCGAAAAAGCCAAGCUGAUGCUCGAAGCAGCGCAAAAGGCGCGUGAAGAAGCUGAGAAGAAAGCUGCCGCAGAAGCCGAGGAGACCAAGAAGGCCCAUGAGAAGGCUUUGGCAGAAGCCAAGGCUGCUGCGGACGACCUGGAAAAAGGAAAGAAGGCUGCUGAAGAAGAGGCCGCCAAGUUGAAACCAUCCGACGCUCCAAAGGCCCCAAUCAAGUUCAAGGAUGCUGUUGGUCGCAAGUUCAGCUUCCCGUGGGCUCUGUGUAAAACGUGGAAGGGCAUGGAAGAACUCAUCAAGCAAGCUUUUCUGCAUGUCGAUGUGAUUGGCCCUCACGUUCACGAAGGCCACUACGACCUCGUCGGACCGGACGGCGAGAUCAUCCUCCCCCAGGUCUGGGAAACCAUGAUCCAACCAGACUGGGCCAUUACUAUGCAUAUGUGGCCAAUGCCUGAGCCCCCGCCACCACCCCCGGAACCGCCCAAGGAAGCGUUUCCUCCACCACCGCCCCCUCCACCGGAUGCGCAAGUGUUCUUGUCCAGCCACCUUCCAUUGAAAGGAAAGGGCAAGAGGGACAAGAGCCAGAAGCGCCAAUCCCUCCCUCAGGCACAUAUCGUACAAGUGCCACCCCCUCCUCCGGGUGUCAUGCCCGGUCCACCGCCCCCACCACCGCCUCCUGGACAUCCUGCUGGUGGUUCCCCCCCUCCUGCAGUUGUCGUUAUGCCCAGUGGCAGUGGCAGCUCCGGAAGUUCUCGCAAGAAGCCUGCGCCGUCACCUUUCUUCAGAUGGGCUGCUGGCACCCAAGUCAGGAAGAAGAAAUAA